UGCUCACUGCUCACAGCCAAAGAGAAAAACUCUAAAGAGACAGGCCUGUGCUGAUCACCCUAUCCAAGAACAGCUCUGGGAUCCCUGGCUUCACUAGAACACCUCCUCUGAAAAGCUGCCCGAGAAUCACUACCCACAAGUUACAGACAGCAGAGUCACUGUUAAUGUUCACGGCCUUUCUGCUACAAUGAAUGACGAAGAGAACGUCCUUGAGGUCGAUGACACAGUCACAAUGACUCCUGAAAAUGAAUCUGAAACUCCUUCAGAACUUAAAAAGGCGCCUCCAGUGGCACCCAAACCUGCCUGGUUUCGCCAGAGUCUGAGGAAAAUUAAGGAUGAGCAGGACCAGAAGACGCAAGCAAAACCAUCAGAGCAAACAUCUGCUGCAAGCUUCAGCAGAAACUUUGGUAUCAGAUCUGCAUCGUCUGCAACCAACCAAUCAAUCAAGCAAAGGAUUCACUCUUUUGAGACUUUUUCCAGUCCAGAAGCUCCAGAAAAGGGGAGCAACAGAAGACCAUUGGCUCCUUCAACAACCCUCUCUCCAGUGGAGAAGGGAUCCCGAGACCCUUGCUCUUCCUACUCGGCCUCAAAUGGAGAUAAUGUGAAGAACAAAACUGAAUUUUCCAGAGAGAUCCAGUCCAGAGAUCCAGCACCCAGUAAGGAGGAAGACAACAUACCUGCCGCUGUUGCGCCCUGUGCCAUUGCCUCAACCAGCAAUGAAGCUCGUCAACAAACAACAGAAAAGUCCUCUGAAGAUGAAACUCCUUUUAAUCAGUCUACCACUGAUUCCAUGUAUUCUCAGACUAUCAGCACGGAUGUGGAGUCAGGGAUGAAUGAUUAUCAGUCUGCUCCAGUGCAUGACAGCAGUGAAGCCUUACCCACCAAACUGGAGUCUGAGCUUGAACGAGUGGAUUCUGAAACAUCUGUGAGAUCCAAUCAAACUGAAGGUCUAAAUCCCUCUGACGGGACAGAGGAGGAAGGAAAGCUGUCGAGGACUACUCGGAAUGCUGCUCCGACCACAGAGAGUAACACCGUGAGCAACCCAGAGAGUGAAAGCUUGGGGAAGAUAAUUACCUUCAGUAAUCAGGUGUCACAAGCAUUGAUGACCGUCUGUGGAGGUAAUCCUUCCUCCACAAACCUGCAGGACUCCUCUUCACUGGACUCCAUUAACCAGCAGGCGUCUGAUCUAGCCUUGGACACGUCAGGCAGAGGAUUCUCUUUCAGCCUGUUCACUUUGAGGGAGUGCAUCACCGAUCGAGGGGAGGGUGGAGUUCACAACGAGACUGCUUCUGCUUCUGCGCACUCUGUCAUCUCAGCUAUCAAUUCACAGGAAAUACAGACGAUGAUUCAGGAAGUUGAGGCUUUAGAUGAAGAAACACUGAAGCAACUCGUGGACAUCCAUGUAGUGGUUCUUCAUAAAGACGAGGGAGCUGGGCUUGGCUUUACCAUUGCUGGAGGGUCUGACCUGGAGAACAAAGCUGUUACUAGAGUCGUGGAGGAGGGAAGAGAGGAAGGAAGCUGCAGGAGUGAAGAGCCAAAUCCUGCUGUGGAGGAAUGGGGCGCUCCAAUGAGUGUGGAGCUGGAGAAAUGUGCUGGUGGUGUUGGCUUUACUCUGGAGGGAGGAAAAGGCUCAAUCCAUGGAGACAGACCUUUAGUCAUCAACAGGAUCUUUACAGGGGGAGCGGCAGAGCAGAGCGGUCUGCAGAGCGGAGAUGAAGUGUUGCAGGUCCAGGGAAUAAGUCUGCAAGACAUGACUCGAUUUGAGGCGUGGAACAUGAUCAAGGCUUUGCCUGAAGGACCCAUCACAGUGGUCCUCAAGAGGAGGCUGGGGGCUGCAGAAUGACCGGCACAGCUUAUGGGCACUGAUUGAAGUAAAAAACAAAAAAACAAAAACAAAUACCCCAGGACAAACAAACAAAAACAACAAACAAACAAAAACAGCAGCCUCAGUAGCAAACAAGGACACAGAUGUUGGACUUUUUCUCUUUUUUGUUUUUUAAAAAUCUCAUCAGGUUAAUAAUUCUUUUAGUUUUAUACCAAAGACAUUGCAAAUGUUUCAUUUUUAUGCAGUAAUUUUGCAUCUACUUUGAAUUUCAGAAGAAAAUAGUGAAAUUUCACAAGUUGUUGCUUUUCAAUCUUGUGGCAAGAAAAAGGAAACGUCGCACACGUGCAAACAAGACAAACUGUCAAAUUGGUUAAAGAAACACACACAAAACAAUAUUUCUCAGAAUUAAAGGACAACUGCACAUCUCGAUAAAUAAUACAAAACUCAGUUAAUUGGCAAGGGUUUGAACACUGCAAGGUUCGUUUUGCUUUAACUCGCUUGCUUAAUGAUAUUUGUACAGGAAAAGCUUUUAAUGUGGCGACAAACAAGAUCAAUUUGGAAUCUGGAGGCAGCUCAACAGCUGCAGGUACCUGCCUACUGCUGCAGUAGCUUGACCCUGAAUCUUAUUAAGAGAUUAAAUUAAUUACAGAAAUUGAAUUUUAUUUUUAAAUUAAUAUUAUUAAAAAGAGUUUCUGUGCUCACAGUCUAAGUCAUGUGCCUGAAAUAACAAUAUUAAUGGUCAUAGAGAUGAUUAA